AUGGCGCUCUUCAGCCCUAACGAGCAAAUCAUGAGUAUAAUCUCUACAACAGCAGGAGCAACAACUACGACCGCUCCCACCACACUUGGGGCCACACCUCUUUUUUACCGCUCGCUAUCUGCACCAUCGUACAUGCAACUCUCUGAUCUCCGCCACAAUACCAUGCUGCCAAAGCACCUCGUUAGUAACCCGACUCAAGAAUAUCAUUUCAACCAGCAACAGCAACAACAGCAGCAACAGCAACAACAACAGCAGCAAAUGAGCGGCCAAUUCCAAACUUCGAUUGUACAACCAAUAUUCAACCCAAACUACACAGUCUCCCCUCCCCUCGAAGAGCGACCCUCCGUCCAGUCAGGUCUCAGGCUGUCCGCGAUGCCGCCCAGCACCACGCAAUACACCUCUCAAGCCCCCAUCCACCCCUUCCAAAUGGACACCCUCAGCUCCUCCUCUAACAUGGAGACUAUAGCGCCCUUAAAAUCUCCUUUCUACUUCCCCAACGACCCGUUCCCUUGCCAAAGUAAUCAAGCCUCUUUUGCUGCACAAGACAUGGAUGACACCCAAGUAGCCAAUGCGCUGAUCUCGUACUCCCCCACCUCCUCCCUUGACAGCUCAAGCCCUACCUUUGGUAUCAAUUCCUCCCCUGGAGUACGAUCAAUAAGCAGAGUGAACUCGCUGCCGCUGCGUGAUUCGGAUCUCUCGCGAUUCGAUAUGCCAAAGGAUUUCAUAGGACAUACCAUCCCACGACAUGGGUCUGUGGGCUCUCUAUACCCAGUGACACAGUCGCAUGAGCUGCUUGAUUCGUCAUUCGACGGCGCAGCGCGGUUUGAGUUGAGCACGGCCAUGAUCCCAAACUCCUCGUCGGAUUCUUCGCUCCUGCCGAAUCCGAUGUUGGAUGGAGGUGGUGAAGCUGGGGCUAGGCCGAAGCCGCAGCGUCGCGCGUCGUUGAACCCGGAUUCGCAGAGGAGAGUGUUUACAUGCAUUUUGGAUGACUGUGGCAAGCUGUUCAAGCGUUCGGAGCAUUUGAAAAGGCAUGUGCGGUCCGUCCAUACCUUGGAGAAACCAUUCUUAUGCUCGCAUCCUGGGUGUCUCAAGAGAUUCUCGCGCAGCGAUAACUUGAAUCAGCAUGUGCGGAUUCAUCGCCACGAUAAGGAGAAAUGCGCACCAAAGAUGCCGUUUACGAACUUCACACCGUUUUACCCGCAGCCCUGA